UGAUGAUGGCGGUCGUCUUGGUGACGGACGCGGCGGUGGGGAAAUCCGGCGGUCAUUCCAAACACAGGAAGCCAGUGGAUGGCGGCGCAGCGCUGGAAACGGUUCCGCUGCAGAUCGACCCAGACGCUCUGGUUCCGCCCAGAAACCUCCGUCCGCUGCAGAACGCCUCCAUCUCACCCUGGACGUACAACAUCUCCCGUGACGACUCCCUGGUCCCGCCCAUGCUGUCCGAGGCACGCUGUCUUCUGCGAGGUUGCCUGGACUCAGACGGCAAAGAGGACCUGAGCCUGGAAUCCAGACCCAUCAUGCACCAGGUUCUGUUGCUGCGGCGGGUCAAGGCGGGGCCGGGGCUGGGGGCGGGGUCAGGGGCGGUGGGGGCGGGCCACAACUUCCACUUCAGGCUGGAGUCCCGCCUCAUCGCCGUCGGCUGCACCUGUGUCCGACCCACCGUCCAGCAGCAGGACUGAAGACCAGAACCGGGACCAGGACCGGGACCAGGACCUCGGUACCAAAGACAAACAAAUAUUUAUGUUCAGUAGAAAAAGAAAAAACAGGUAGAAUGUGACUUAGAGACGGUUUUAAUGUAGGGACGUGGUUUUGGAUUCAGGUUUUAUGACUCAGGUCUGACCUGAUUAAGGUUUUAUCACAGUUUCUGGACUCGGAAC